AUGGGCCUCCUCCUCCAUCAUCCCACCUCCUUCAAUUCGCUCACCUCCGGGACCUCUCCGGGCCUCUCGCCGGGUGGACCCACCACCCCGGAGUCCGACUUGGACCUCGACUCCGAACCGUCCGACUACUGUAACCUCCACCCUCAACUGCAAAGCCCACACCGACACUCACGAUGUAGACGCGGUUUAUCGAGCAACAGUAACCGAAACUGUCUCCGCUCUCAGCAGCACCGGAAACCGGGCCAUCGGACCUCCAACCUCGGACGGCAAAGACCGGCCGCGGCCGAAACACACCAUGUAAAGCCGCACAACCACUGGGCCGCAGACGCCGACGAGGGCCGUGCCCUGGCACGGUCCAACAUUUUGUUACCUGGGGAGCAAUACGCCCAACAGCUUGAUCAGCAAUACGGACAUGAGCGGCACAGGCGCAGCAGCAGGGCUUCCUCCGACUCUUCUAGCUCCGACGGCCGACAGCGGCGGCCGCCGUCGUUGGAGAGGCAGGAUGCGUUUCGCGAUGAGAAAACCAUUAAGCGGCGGCGGUGUUCGUGGGACGACACCAGUUCGGGUCUGAGCACAAACGUCCCAAGGAGUGUCAGAACGGAGGACGACGACGACGCACGUGAGGUCGCCGAGCUGUACCGCAUGGGCCUGCUCUACGACGACGACGCACGUGAGGUCGCCGAGCUGUACCGCAUGGGCCUGCUCUACGACGACGAGCACGAGCGUGGCGAGGGAUUCUCGCUUGACCGGAUUGUGCGGGAGGAGCCCGUGUAUUCACUUCGUGUCAGGCCUGCCAGGCGGCGCGGGCGGGAGGAUAUUUUUGGUUUCGUCCCGUCGUUUACGGUGGACUUGGCGUUUCCGGCGUUUGCGGAGGACGAGUCGUUGGCGCGCUGGUUGAUCUCAGGUUGCUCUUCCUCUCAGGGCAUGUUGCCGGAAGAGCCGCGGCGUCCACGGCGCAAAGCCUUGCAUGAUACCCCCCGGUUAACGGUCAUUUACGAGCUCGCCGACGAUGCUAUGUCUGUAUUGCCGGCUGAUGAUUUUCUUGAGUUCUAUUCUGUUUCGAAUUUUUCAGGUUGCGUUGCGGGGGAGGAAGUUGGGCAGGAUUGGGCAAUCCUCGAUAAGUAUGAUGGGAACGAGACUGCCCUGUCGGCAACGGCAGCAGCGACGAUGGCGGUGGCGGAUGAUGAAGACGAGGAGGUCGACGAUCCCUGGGUUGUGCUAGGCCAUGAUGGCUCGUAG